GAAUGAAACGAAAAUGGAUAAUGGAUGCGGUUGUCAAAUGUGACGAUUUGCUUACGUUUUCAAAAGGUUUACGUUUUAAUUGUUUCCUUUAAAUUUAAUAAGAACCAUACACUUCCUUUAAAGUUUUUAAGAUUAAGAAUUCCACAUCUAUAUUACAGCCUGCUUCAUAUAAAAUGGAUGCUGCAGAUUCCCUUUUGAACAGAGUAUCUCCUGGUAGAGAAUUAGAAGUUGACCAGGAAUUUCUGAAACCGAAGCCGCCGGGGAAGUGCGACAUAGUGAACGAAUGUCAGACCUUUCUAAAGGCUGAAGAUGGAAGUGGCGAUGCUCAUAAUAUAACUAGCAAUAUGAGACCAAAAGAUGAAAAACCAAAAUUUGUUACAUCCACACCUGAUCAGAAGAAAGAGAACCCAUCUGAAAGUCAAAUAGCUGAUUCUAAUCCAGAAUGUGAUAUUGAAGGUGUUCCAGAUCUUCCAAUGGAUGAUGGUCUUCCCAGCACGGUCACAGUAUUGGAUGCCCCAGACGGUGGGAAGGUGUACUUGGUGGGCACUGCACACUUCAGUUUGGAAUCUCAGGAAGAUGUCUCUAGAGUAAUCCAAGAAGUGAACCCUCACAUAGUAAUGGUGGAACUAUGUGAACAGAGAACUAACAUUUUACUACUAGAUGAGGAAAUAAUAAUGAGGGAAGCUAAGAAUAUUAAUAUUAAGAAGAUAAGAGCAACAAUGCAGCAGAAUGGAGUGUUCAAUGGACUGAUGUACAUUCUACUACUGAAUAUGUCAGCACAUAUCACUAGAGAACUGGGCAUGGCACCUGGAGGGGAAUUCCGGCGAGCUAUGGCUGAGGCAAAGAAAAUCCCGAACUGCAUAGUCCAGUUAGGUGACAGGGCGAUAGACAUCACUCUGCAUCGAGCUAUCGCGUCCCUAUCGUGGGGUCAAACCAUUCGCUUUAUUUGGCAUUUGCUCACAUCCAACCAGACUAUUAGUGUUGAAGAAGUAGAGAAGUGCAAACAGAAGAAGAUGUUAGAAGACAUGCUGGAGGAGAUGGCGGAAGAGUUUCCCGCCCUCAAGCGCGUGUUCGUGGUGGAGCGCGACAUGUACCUGUGCCAUUCGCUGCAGGUCGCCGCCUUGCAACCUCGUAGAGAAUCUUGCCGCAUAGUGGGGGUGGUGGGUAUAGGCCACGUGUCUGGUAUCGUGGAGCACUGGGGCAAAAUCAAGCCUCAGGAUAUUCCGCCUUUGCUCAAGGUGCCCCCGCCGUCCCUGUCGACGCGCAUCAUCCGCGUGUCGGUGCGCGUGGCGUGCGUGGGCGCGCUGGUGUACGCGGGCUACAAGCUGGUGCCGCGCCGCUGGCUGCCGUGAUGCUUGCUGCGCGACCUCUGGGGCUUCUUCCAGUGGAUUAUCGAAACUAUCAUGAUAACGAAGACUACCAACCUGUUAAAAAAAUUGUGGAUUGGACUUGCUAACGUGUCAGCAUUCGUAACGUUCGUGCUAUAUGUACGUCCUGUUUUGGUAACUUAGCUAUUAAUGUCAUAUGUAUAUUUGGAAAAAUAGUCGUAAUACUAAAGUUAUAUAAGCUAUUCUAAAGAUAAGGUACUUGUCAAAAAAUAAGCUUUGGUUUGUAUUAUUAUUUACGCGUAAAUAAUGAAUUUAUGGAGUGAUUUUAAAAGUAAUAAGCAUAUAUAUCGAUCUUCCGGUUCAAUCUAAAAUUUUACGAAACUGAUUUGAGUUUAUUUUCAUUUUUUUUUUUGCAUUCGUGACGUUGUUACACCGGAUGAAUGAGCGAUAUGUUUUUAUAUAUGUAUGUAUUUCAUAUUCGUAGAUACAUGCUUAUGGCUGCUAUGUGAUUGGAUAUUACUUUUAAACAUUUUAGCUCUAUCUAUACUAAUAUUAUAAAGCUGAAGAGUUUGUUUGUUUGUUUGUUUGUUUGAACGCGCUAAUCUCCGAAACUACUGGUGCGAUUUGAAUAAUUCUUUUUUUGUUGGAUAGUCCAUUUAUCGAGGAAGGCUAUAGGCUAAAAAACAUUACGCUAUGACCAAUAGGAGCAAAGACAGAGCGGUAAAUGUGUAAAAAACGGGGAAAAUUAUUCAUUUUUGAAGGCUUUCUUUGCGUGCGCUGCGAAAACGGUUCAAGAUACACAAAAAAUAUGUAUGAAAGAAUUAUUCCUCUAUACAUGAUCUAAAAAAAAGUCCGCGACGGCAUAUGUCUAUCUUUUAAGGUUUAGUCACAAUUACCGUUUUUAUGGUACCAAAGUUGGUCGAAAUAAUUUGUUUAAGUUGUAUCAACAUAAUAAUAUUAAUCUUUAUUCAAAUAUAAAUAUAAAUAUGUUGUUGGUUAAGAGUACUUCAUCUAUACUUAUAAUAAAUCUGUAGAGAGGUCAAUUCUAUACAUUAAAUAUUUUUUAAAAAUAACUAUCAGGGGGUGAUAAGUGGUCGAUACUGAUGCCAAAAAUGCAAUCAGUAAAAUUUUUGUCUGUCUGUCUGUCUGUCUGUCUGUCUGUAUGUUCCUUAUAGAAACAAAAACUACUGGACGGAUUUUAAUGAAACUUGGUACAAUUAUUCUUCACACUCCUGGACAGGUUAUAGUAUACUUUUUAUCACGCUACAAUCAAUAGGAGCAGAGUAGUGAAGGGAAAUCCUUUUGUAUGAAAAAUCUAAACCGCUCAAGUUAGACGUUUGAAAUUUGGCAUGCAGGUACCUUAGAUACCGUAGAGGUGCACUAAGAAAGGAAUUCCCGAAAUUCCCACGGGAACGGGAAUUAGCGGGAAAAUCCUUUUGUAUGAAAAAUCUAAACCACUCAAGUUAGACGUUUGAAAUUUGGCAUGCAGGUACCUUAGAUACCGUAGAGGUACACUAAGAAAGGAAUUCCCGAAAUUCCCACGGGAACGGGAAUUAGCGGGAAAAUCCUUUUGUAUGAAAAAUCUAAACCACUCAAGUUAGACGUUUGAAAUUUGGCAUGCAGAUACCUUAGAUACCGUAGAGGUGUACUAAGAAAGGAAUUCCCGAAAUUCCCACGGGAACGGCAAUUAUCGGGAAAAUCCUUUUGUAUGAAAAAUCUAAACCACUCAAGUUAGACGUUUGAAAUUUGGCAUGCAGGUACCAUAGGUACCGUAGAGGUGCACUAAGAAAGGAAUUCCCAAAAUUCUCACGGGAACGGGAAUUAACGGGAAAAUCCUUUUGUAUGAAAAAUCUAAACCAUUCAAGUUAGAUGUUUGAAAUUUGGCUCGCAGGUACCUUAGAUACCGUAGAGGUGCACUAAGAAAGGAAUUCCCGAAAUUCCCACGGGAACGGGAAUUAGCGGGAAAAUCCUUUUGUAUGAAAAAUCUAAACCAUUCAAGUUAGACGUUUGAAAUUUGUCAUGCAGGUACCUUAAAUACCGUAGAGGUACACUAAGAAAGGAAUUCCCGAAAUUCCCACGGGAACGGGAAUUAGCGGGAAAAUCCUUUUGUAUGAAAAAUCUAAACCACUCAAGUUAGACGUUUGAAAUUUGGCAUGCAGGUACUUUAGUAAACUUAAAGCUUAGUUGCAACAGGAUAUUACAAAAUUCCCACGGGAACGGUAGUUAGCGGGAAAAACAUUUGUAUGAAAAAAUCAAAUCUAAAUAAAAGGAGAAACUGACUGACUCAGUGACUGACAUAUCAACGCAUAGCCUGAACGGCUAAACGUAGGCAUUUGAAAUUUGGAAGGGACAUAGCUUAGGUACCGUAGAGGUGCACUAAGAAAGGAAUUCCCGGAAUUCCCACGGAAACGGAAAUUUGCGGGAAAAUCCUUUUGUAUGAAAAAUCUAAACCGCUUAAGUUAGACGCUUGAAAUUCGGCAUGCAGGUACCUUAGUUAACUUAAAGCUUAGUUGCAACAGGAUAUUGCAAAAUUCCCACGGAAACGGGAGUAAGCGGGAAAAAAACAUUUGUAUGAAAAAAUCGAAACCGCGUAAGAUAGAUGUUUUCAAUUCAAUUCAAUUAAAUUAUUUAUUGCAUUCCAUGUAGUACAAUGGGGUGUUACAUAGGCAUAGGAACUAAAACAUGGACCCUGUAGGGCACAGCAACGUUGAAGGGAAGAGAGGAAGUGUGUAUUAAAAUUAAAACUCAAUGAACAAUCAAUUAAAAAAAAAAAUCAAUUCAAUCAAUUGAUUCAAUCUAGCAUGCAUGCAUACCUUAGUAAAUAUAAAGUUUAUUUUUGGCUGUAUUUUGAAAAAUGGGAGUUAUUGGGAAAAAAAAAAUUAUGAAAAAAUCUAAACUGCAUAAGUAUGCACUCCCACACACACAAAGAUCUCUCUCUUAUAUAACACGCCACGCGGACGAAGUCGCGGGCAAAAGCUAGUUUAUUAUAUUUGUCUCAAACAAAUGAGUUUAUGGCAUUAUAUCAAUUAAACUGAUUUUUAUUACGACAUUACAUCCAAAUAUUUGUUAGCUGUCAUGUUCACAAUUUUCUAAACUAUAAGCCACAUUUUAAAAUAUUAUUUUAGUUUCUGAUUUUUUAAGUUAAAAGACUCAGUCAAUUUAGUUAGGUGGUAAUUUUUGUAAGGAUGGGUGCAAAUAACUUUGGUCCGACCUUCACACUACCCGAAUUUAUAAUUGUAUCAUAAUUUACGUUUUUAAACAUUAGUUUAUAUUAUUUUCAAUGUCAAUAAUAAUUAGAUUUAAAGACUGUGAUAAAUUAAGAAAUUAAAAACGAAAACUUCCAUCCAAUUAUCAUAUUAUUUAUAGAUAAUUAGAAAAGUGUGUUUGUCACAGUUUUUGAUGUUAUUGUAUGUAUGAGCACCUGGUAAAUUAUUAAAUGCUGUUAUAAUAAUUUAAUGUGUAACAUAUAUGUAUUUUGUAAUUUAACAAUUUGUUAUACAAGUUAAGUUUAUUGGUUCCAAGAACGACUCCAAAAUUACUUUAAUCUUUAAGUGGAGGUGCGUGAGUCGAGAUUUGUUCACAUUGUGAUUGCUAUACACUUAUGAAUUUAAUAAAUAUCGAUAGUAAA